GAAUUGUCGAGGAUUUUUUUUAAUUUCCUGAUCAUAAUAAUGAGCACACGGCGGGUGAGACCGGUUGGCAGGGGAUGAUCACGUCUCCAUGGCCUGCUCUGCAUUUGAGAAUGAUAAAGCAAAAAGCCAUGGAUCCACAAACUAGUGCCCAAGAAAUUCUGCAAUGUGUAAAUUGUAGUUCCUUUGAGGUAAAGGUUCUCUGUGCGCUUUGUGAUGUUAACCUCUGUAGAACAUGCAUUGGGACACAUGUCUUAUCAGAUGUCACCCGGUGUCAUACGUUCGUGGGUUUUUAUUUACGAAGUGAAGCUACCAUUUUCCCUCGUUGUCCUUCCCACCAAAAGAAAACUUGUGAACUUCACUGCAAGAAAUGCAACCUUCCAGUUUGUAUAGAUGCACAAUUUCAGAAAAACACGAGAAUCAUACAUUUUUAAAUAUUUUUGAUAUUUUUAAGAAAAAACAAUCACGAUUUAAAUCGGACUUGGAAAAACUGAAGAAGGUUUUUGCUGAAAAGUAUAAAAUUCUUCUAUCUGACGUAGAAAAACAAGAGUCUGAACUUGAGGCGGAUUUUAAGAAUCUUAAAACAGAUAUUUCUAAUCAAAAAAAGAAGUGGUACAUUGCCAUCGAAAGACACUUCAAUAACCUGAAUUCUGAAAUAGCAAAACUGGAAAACAAACACAGAGAUGAAAUGAAAAGAUGCAAGGCCAAAAUAAAUCAGAAUAUUCAAAAAGUGGAACAAAAUAUGGAACAAAUAAAUGGCAUCCUUAAAUCAAAUAAUAUUUCUAAAUCCCUAAAAUUUCAAACAGACUUUGAAAUGGAGAUCAUUCCUCAAGUAGAAAUACGUUUACCAACCUUUUCCCCGCUUCGAGUUCCAGAGGAGCUAGUUUCUAUGUGGAUUGGGUCGCUAAGAUUUGAUGCGGAUAAAAUAACACCAAGAAAUAUCAAACAGAUUCUUCCACAACCUGGUAUCAUCGCCAGCGUAGGCACACAAUAUACCUCUAAUCUUUAUAACGUAGUAGGCUAUACUGACAGACAAAUCUGGACAAGCGGAGAUGACUGCUCUAUAAAAGUAUUUCAUUCUGAUCAGAAAGCACUUUUGAAGACAUUCAGCACAUUGUCCGGUCAUCGUCCAGAAAGCAUAGCAAUUAUAAGUACUGGACAUUUAGUUUAUACUUAUUAUCAUGAAAGAUCUGUAAAUAUCCUAAAAGAUGAAGAAAAUUACCAUGUAAUCAGACUAGAAAACUGGAUACCUCAUGGAGUCUGCAAAACCUCCUCUGGUCGUUUCCUUGUAAUAAUGAUCAGCAAUGACUAUAAACAAUCAAAAGUUGUCCGUUUCGUAGGUUUCAGAGAGAAACAAACCAUUUUUGCUUAUAGGGGUAUCCCUCUUUUUUCAUCAGGAGAUUUUUACAGAUACAUAACUGAGAACAGGAAUCUGGAUAUCUGCGUAUCAGACCAUGGGGCUGGAGCAGUAGUGGUUGUCAAUCAGGCCAGGGAACUAAGAUUUAGGUACACCGGCCUUACUCCUGAUCCAAAGAACAAACCAUUUGAUCCACGAGGAAUCACCACAGACAGUCAGAGUCACAUCCUUAUAGCUGACAUUGAAAAUCAUUGUGUUCACGUUAUCGACCAGAAUGGACAAUUUCUCCGUUAUGUAGAGUGUGGCCUGGGUUUUCCGUGGGGACUAUGAACUGACGAAAAUGAUUUGCUACUUGUUGCUCAAUAUAGAAAAAGAAAAAUUGAUAUUAUCAGUUAUAUGCAGUGAAAGA